AGUUUCCAUUUCGCUCCUCUCGCCGUGGCCAAGACGCACAAUCACACACGAGCAGCCGCGGGCUACCUGUGCGCACUGCGGCCGGCCCCUGCUUCCUGUCAGGAACACGCUCAGAGGGAGGAAGACACAGAGAGAAAACUAUACACGGUCCAGACUGAAGAGGGACAGACACACAGAGACAAGCCGCAACUUGGCUCAUUUCAACCCAGGCGGUCUGAACUGAACUCCAAGUUUCUUGGCUGAUCGGAGAAGGAAUAAUUCGCAGCCCGGUGCCCCCACACAGCGCUGUUGUGGAUAUUUACGUCCACCUUGUCUCCUGUUUAGAAGAAUGGCGAGAGAUUACGCAGCACGCUGCCCGGUCUCUCCGGUGAGAAGCACUUGGCUGCUAGUUGCAGCGAUCCUCCUCGCAGCCCAAGGUACCGGGGCUCAGAAAGUGCGAGUCGAGGAGGAGGUGGAGGCGUAUCCCACAGAGUCUGUUGAUCUCCGCUGCCAAUUUAUCGAAGGAGGAGGCAAAACCAAACUCACACAGGUUUCGUGGAUAUGGGAACCAGUUGAUGGCCACAGGGACAACAUCGCUGUAUACCACCCGAUCUAUGGACAGAGUUUCCCCAACCCGUCCUACAAGGACCGCGUGGUCUUCCUCCACCACUCUCUGGAGAACCCGUCCAUUAAGAUUUCCAACCUAAAAAUGUCCGAUGCCGGCCGGUAUACCUGCGAGUACGCCACCUACCCUUCUGGAAACGAACAGGGGACGACCACCCUCAUCAUGCUUGCCAAACCCAAGAACUCAGCCAAAGUGGUGACGGUGCAGGCCGGGACCAAGUCUGUGGUGGUGGCCCAGUGCGAGGCGGCAGAUGGCAAACCUGCAGCCACCAUCAAGUGGCGGGCGGUCGGAGGUAACCAUUCCACCACCACCACCAACGGACCGGACGGAACGGUGACGGUACGCAGUGAGUACCGGCUGGUUCCAACGCCGGCAGAUAACGGCAAGGAGGUGACCUGCAUGGUCGAACAGAGGACACAGGAGCAGGAGUGGGUCUCCAAUGUCAAGCUCUCGGUGGAAUACCCUCCCUCUGUAUCCAUAGAGGGCUACGACCACAACUGGUACGUCGGCCGUUCGGACGCUACGCUGAUCUGCAUGGCCAGCGGGAACCCUGAGCCCACCAGCGUCACCUGGACCGCGGCGUCUGGUAAUCUGCCGGACACGGUGAUUGUGGACGGCAACAAGCUGAUGGUGAGGAAGGUGGACGACGCCGUCAACACCACUUUUAUCUGCGAGGUCAAGAACAAGCACGGGGCCAGCAGGCACCAGAUCACCACCAUCGUCAUCGAAGCCCUGGAGGACCCGUCCAGUGCCGGCGUUGUGGCGGGCGCCGUGAUCGGUUCCCUCCUGGCCCUACUAUUGGUUGUCGCGCUCAUUGCCGUUCUCCUGACGCGGAGCCGCCGGCAGCAGAGGCGCGGCUACCCCAGCAGCGGGGACUCCAUAGCGACUGGAAGUGGCGGCAGCAAUGGCGGAGAGUACGGGAACAAAGCCCGUCUGCUUUUCAGCGGGACGGGCAACAGCGCCAGUAAGAACGGGACGGGCGCCAACAACAACGGGCCAAUCUACACGUACCGCGAGGGCUGCGACGCCACGGGGACUCUAACGGAGAAGGCUAACGACUACCACCAUCAUCACCUCCACCACGCCUCCAUCGGCAACCCUCCCUCCGCCCACGACAUCCUCCUCAGUGGCGAGAUAGACGAAGCCGAAAGGAGGAAGUUCGACCUGGAUGACAGCAUGGAGGAAGAGUACGACAGGUUCGGAGGCGGGAACAUGCUCGCUCCGACCUAUCACGUGCACAGAGGCCACGGCGGAGAAGAAGAGAUGGAUGUUUACCUGGACGACGACAUGGAGUCUCAGAGAGACGGCUCGGUCAUUUCCCGGACUGCCAUUUAUGUCUGAGGACGGAGAGGAAAGGAAAGGAAAGGUGAGCGCUGAGAAUAGUGAAAGGAGACGUGGUGGAAGAAGAGCGGCCUUCUUCACCACCAAACAAAUCAACAUCGCCUCCAUCAGCUAAAAACCUUCCUGCUUCACAUUCCCGAUCGAAGAGUUUCCAUCAGUUGCGUGCUCUCUGCUCGACACCGAAAAUGAGGAUUAAAAGAAAAAUGAUAUAAAGGAAAAAGUUUUUGUGAAGCUGGUGAAGGCAAACGUGUGAAGCAGUCGUGGCUGAAUAUGUGACUGUGUUUAAUCAUGGAGACAGAUUUCAUUCAGUGUCAGCCGAAUAUAACAAAAUGAAAAAAAAAAAAAAAACUGCAAAAAGCAAACAAAAACCACAGCAACUCUGAUGCAACGCUGCUUAUUGCUACGUUCCUGUUUCUUCAGCUUUGCUAGUGUGUGAUUGUGUUGAGUGACUACAUUGUUUGUAUUUUAUACCAGAAAACGUAUUAUCUGCAAAGCUGGGAGCACCAUAACCACUAUUCCAAAAACAGCACUAUUCAAAAAUCGCCUUCCUGUUUCAAAAUAAAUCAGAAAAAAUCAUCAAAACGCUUCAUUAAACUGUCCGAACGGCUUCUGUGGAUGUCUCCGCGUGCUGCAGACUCUUCUGACGGCCCCGAGACGUCACCGCCAUCGUUUUUUGAAACUUGAAAAGCCAAGCUUGAUGGAGUUUCUCUUCGUCGCAGUGAGGACUUUUUUGGGGGGGCUUACAGUGACUCUGGGUUCCCGCCCCCCCUGUGACACCACCUGGUCUCCUGAUGGGUGCCGCCGGAGCGUGGGGCCAAUAAACUUAGUCACAUAACAGACUUAACAUUGUGUGCUAAUGUGUGGCUGGCUGUGGUGUUAAUGAUGUGCAUCAUCUAUAUAUUGGGCGCCGUCUCACUAUAGCACAGUUGUUGUUAUUGUUCUUGUUGUAGCUGUUGUUGUUGUUGUUGUUACUGUUGUGUAAUGGUGUUGAUCUCGCUAAGGAAAAGACGCACCGGGAGCCUUGGGGGUUUCACACAAUCCCACAUUGGGUCGGUAAUGACUCAUUUAAUGGGUAAAAACUCUACCGACUCUUUUUCUUCUUUAAACCUCUUCUCAUUUUCUAUAUUUCCCCAUUUCUUUUCCUCUCCGUCUCAUUUCUCUCUGUUCCACACGCGUCCUGCACCAUUUGUGUGUUUUGCUGACGCUCUGUCCCACACGCAUUACAUCUUUCUCUCAUUCUGCUCUUUCUUUAUUUACAUAAUGGGCGGCUUAGAAGAGUGCCGCAGCGACUGUGUGCAGGGAGAAGGGGAUAACUUGUAUUUAUAUUCCUAUCUGGGUCGCAUUCAGCGAGGCAAAAUAUUCACCGGCUUUGUUGGAGGCUGCUGUAUUUCAUGUAUUCAUUUUUUCCAUGUCCUGCAGAAUGUUCUCAGGCUAUGUGCCGGAUUAUUCCAUGUUCUCUGCGCUGAUUGGGCAAAAAGACACGGUCUAAGGCACAUUUCAAGAAAGGAAGUAAAACAGGCUAAAUAAAAUCUCUAACUACCGAGCCCUUUGUUUCUUGUACAACCGGAGGUGACGCUACAGUUUCUCUUAAAGUAAGUGACACAUUUGCUGACAGGGUGAAACUGUAAUAAGAUCUCUGAACAUUUAAGGGAACGUAUAAUGCUCCUUCUCAGGUUUGUACUCAUAUUUUGGGUCUUUACGUGCUUUAAUGUUCAAAAAACACAUUCUUUUCUGUUGCUGUCAAUCUGAAACGCUUCAUUUAAGCGCCUGUCUCUUUAAGCCCGCCUCCUGAAAGAGCCCCGUCUGCUCUGAUUGGCUGAAAAAUGGGAGUCAAAUCUUUAACAAUCUUCACAAAUCCAAUGUUUCCUAACUUAGGCAGCCCACGAAAAACUAACUGGGUUGUUUUAUGACCGUUUUGGGGUUAUUAGACUUAAAUGUGUGUGCACAAGCCCUGAAAAGGUGAGUUUUUCAUUAUAUGUCCCCUUUAAGAUAGUACUAAACAUGCAAAACUGGAUUGGAAAGUUGCAAUUUUUAAUUUUAAUGAUUUGGAGACUGAAUGAUUUGUAAUUAAUUUUCGGUACUUUUUAGAAAAAGGAUGGCUCGAGCUGAGAACUGAGACGCAGCUCUUUUGUUUCUGGAACACAUUUGCCUUAUUAUGUCUCAGCUUUUACCUUGUCAUCUUCUUCUUUUUUUUCUUCAGAGCACCGAAUUUGCAAUUUCUCAAUUAACUGUGGAAUUAUAACUUGUCUUUUUUUCCUAUGUCUGGAUGGUUGUGAGGUGCCACGGGGAGGUUUUUCAUGACAGGCAAAACCUGCUCUGAGAUUUAUGGAGAGCCUGUGAAAGUUAGAAAAAGGAGAUGUGAGCGAGGCCGCAGCUAAAGAGAAAUGAAAAGAAGAACAAACUAGUCUGGUGCUGCAUGCUUCAGCAGCUGAACUGAGCACACCCUCUGCUUUACAAGCUCACUGUGUCACAUCACAACCGCACACUAACUGUAGACAUGCAGUGUCUGAUCGAACAACUCUGGUGGCUGGAGUCACUUCGCAGUAUAUAUUCACAGCUCUGUUAUGUUAAUUCAAGUGAUAUUUAUGAGAAAGGAUCUGAAAAGGGAAUCUGGUGAACUUCAACUCUGGAAAGGUCAAUGCAUUAUAAGUGUGUAAACAGGCCUGUAAAUGAUCUCAUAAGUCUCGUCCCAUUUGAUUUACUCAUGCCUCAUUACAAUGUAAGAAUAUAUUGUAAUAAUAAUUAAGAUGUUAUAACUCAAUAUGAAUUCUGUGGCUUUAAGAUCUGAACACAGACUUUUCAAAAAGCUGAUUUUGUUUAGUUAAGGAAGACGGUUUCAGCUCUGCUUCCCACGGAGUCCUGAGCAGUUCCCUUGUUGUUGAUUGUUGUUGAACAUUAUACAGUGUGCAAUCUGUUAUUCUGUAAAUGAGACAGUUAUAUCUGCUAUGUUCUAAUGCAUUUCAGCAGAGACAUUUCAUAAUGUUUCAAAGUGUGUUCGGACAGGUUGCCAAUCUUAAUCUCAAAGUGACUGAGAAACAGCCAUUCUGUAACUUCUGUUGCCACACGUGUAGUAGGACUUGUUUGUUGUGUCACUGCAGUACCGUUUGGAUUCAAGUAUUGAAGUGUGUUUUCAACUCUGCAGGGUGCAUGCAUGCUCCAAGAUCCAGACUUUUAAACUCUACAGAACAACAGUUUUUAUUUGAGAUUCAUCAUUUAACCCCCUGAACCCCACCAAAAUGUUUCCCGUUUUCUUCAAAA